UCAACACAUCCACAGUCGUUGUAAAUAUUAUUAUAAAUCUAUAAAUUGUGUGAAAAGUGAAGUUUUAAAGUUGAUAGAGUAACAAAUAAAGAUAAAUAUUUUGGGUUGUUAUUUUGAACGAUGGCGGAAAUUAAAUCGUUGGAACAUUCUACACUUAAAGUUCCCUACGAAGUUUUAAACAAAAAAUUCCGAUCUGCUCAAAAGAACCUGGAUCGUGAAUUGGAUCAGAUUCAGAAUGUGUCUAGGGAUGCAGAAAAGAUCUUAAACAGAAACAAUGCUUUGCCCACCGUCUUCGAAGUGAGUAAACUUGUAGGAAAUGUUGUACAACGCCUUCAAAUAUUAAAAAGAAAAGCAGAGGAGAGUUUAUUGGACGAAUUAAACGCUGGAUUGGUGUGCAAGCGCAAACUGCAACAUUUGCGAAUUGUUGCUCCACCGGAUUCUCACAUUAGUUUGGAUGCGUGGCAGGCAUCAAUGGACCAGUGGAAAAGAAUUCGAAUGGAUCGUAUAGUAAUCGAACAUCUUCUAAGAAGGGGUUUUUAUGAAACUGCUGAAUGCCUUGCAAGGAAAUCUGAUAUCCGACAUCUAACUAAUCUAGAUAUUUUUCACACAUCAAGAGAAGUUGAGGAUGAUCUUACCAAACACAAAACCUUAAAAUGUGUGUUAUGGUGCAUGGACAACAAAUCUAAGCUUAGAAAAAUUAAUUCUAAUAUGGAAUUCAGCUUACGCGUUCAAGAAUUUGUAGAACUAGUUCGAAGUGAUAACCGAGUAGAAGCAGUGAAACACGCCAGAAAAUAUUUCCAGGCUUUCGAGAAAACACAGCUCAAAGAAAUUUGCAAGUGCAUGGCUUUAUUAGCUUAUCAACCAAAUACAGAAACCGAGCCAUACAAAAGCUUAUUUAGUAAACGCCGUUGGAAGGAUCUUGCAUUGAACUUUCGGAAUGAAAACUAUCGACUGUUUCAACUAUCAACUCAGUCUUUGUUAAGUGUGGCAAUCCAAGCUGGCCUUUCAGCAUUAAAAACGCCACAAUGCUAUUCAUCGAAUUGUAAGAGUAUUCAUUGCCCUGUUUGUCAGGAGGAUUUCAAUCAAAUAGCAAAGAAUUUGCCAUAUUCACACUGCGUGCAGAGUCGUCUUAUUUGCAGAAUCACUGGACUUCCCCUAAAUGAACAUAACUUGCCAAUGAUGUUGCCGAACGGUCAAAUAUUUGGACAAUUGGCGGUACCAGAAAUCACCAAAGAAGAUGGCGCUGUGGUUUGUCCCAUAACAAAUACAACAUUUUCGAAUCCAAAAGUUGAAAAAGUUUUUGUAAUGUAAAGUAGAUGUUGUAAAAAAUUAUUAUGUAAUAAACCCGAAUCGACAAAAAACACAUAAACCUAUAAAUUUAAA